GGGUGGGUGGGUGGGGAGGGCGGGCGGCCCGGCGGCCUCGUCUUCCACCGCCUCCCCAACCACCACCCCCCCCGCCCUCCCCGGUGUCUGUGUGUGUGAGUGUGUGUGUGUGUGUUUCUCUCUCUGGUCGGAGGCGGCGGUAAUGGCGGAUGGUGGGUUGUGGCGCCGGCGGCGGCUGCUGUGAGGGACGAUGAGUUCCUCCUUCGUGCCGAACGGGGCCAGCCUGGAAGAUUGUCACUGUAACCUGUUCUGCCUGGCUGACUUGACAGGGAUUAAAUGGAAACGAUACGUUUGGCAAGGCCCAACUUCUGCCCCUAUUCUGUUUCCGGUGACAGAAGAAGACCCCAUUUUGAGCAGUUUUAGCCGCUGCCUUAAGGCAGAUGUACUUGGUGUUUGGCGGCGAGAUCAAAGACCUGGAAGACGAGAACUGUGGAUAUUUUGGUGGGGUGAAGAUCCCAGUUUUGCUGACCUUAUUCAUCAUGACUUAUCAGAAGAGGAAGAUGGAGUUUGGGAAAAUGGGCUUUCCUAUGAAUGCCGUACUUUGCUUUUCAAAGCAGUUCACAAUCUGUUAGAACGGUGUUUAAUGAACCGAAACUUUGUAAGGAUUGGCAAGUGGUUUGUAAAGCCUUAUGAAAAAGAUGAAAAACCUAUAAAUAAAAGUGAACACUUGUCCUGCUCUUUCACCUUUUUCUUGCAUGGAGAUAGCAAUGUUUGUACCAGCGUGGAAAUUAACCAACAUCAACCUGUAUACCUUCUCAGUGAAGAGCAUAUCACCCUUGCUCAACAGUCUAAUAGCCCUUUUCAAGUUAUCCUAAGCCCAUUUGGACUAAACGGCACUCUCACAGGACAGGCAUUCAAGAUGUCUGAUUCAGCUACAAAAAAAUUGAUUGGUGAAUGGAAACAGUUCUAUCCUAUCUCAUGUUGCUCUAAGGAGAUGUCUGAAGAGAAACAGGAAGAUAUGGAUUGGGAGGAUGAUUCGUUAGCUGCAGUAGAAGUUCUUGUUGCUGGUGUCCGAAUGAUCUACCCAGCAUGUUUUGUUUUAGUCCCUCAGUCAGACAUUCCUACUCCUAGCUCUGUGGGAUCCUCUCACUGUUCAGCUUCUUGCAUGGGUGUUCAUCAAGUGCCUGCUUCUAUAAGAGAUCCUGCAAUGUCUUCAGUUACUCUUACACCACCUACAUCUCCUGAGGAAGUACAGACAGUUGAUCCUCAGUCUGCCCAGAAGUGGGUAAAGUUUUCUUCGGUAACUGAUGGCUUCAAUUCUGAUAGUACUAGCCACCAUGGUGGGAAAAUACCAAGAAAAUUAGCAAAUCAUGUGGUGGAUAGAGUUUGGCAGGAAUGCACUAUGAACAGAGCACAGAACAAGAGAAAGUAUUCUGCUUCCUCGGGUGGCUUGUCUGAAGAAGAGACAGCUGAUAAAGUAGCAUCUUGGGAUUUUGUAGAAGCCACACAAAGAACGAAUUGCAGUUGUUUGAGGCACAAAAAUCUCAAAUCAAGAAAUGCUGGACAACCUGGACAGGCACCAUCUUUAGGUCAACAACAAGUACUUCCUAAGCACAAGGCCAAUGAGAAGCAAGAAAAGAGUGAAAAGCCACAGAAACGCCCCUUGACUCCUUUUCACCAUCGUGUGUCUAUUAGCGAUGAUGUUGGCAUGGAUACAGAUUCAGCCAGUCAAAGACUUGUGAUUUCUGCUCCAGACAGUCAAGUGAGAUUUUCAAAUAUCCGAACUGAUGUAGCAAAGACUCCUCAAAUGCAUGGUAGUGAAAUGACAAAUUCACCUCAACCACCCCCUCUUAGUCCUCACCCAUGUGAUGUGGGUGACGAAGGAGUGACUAAGACACCUUCAACCCCUCAGAGUCAACAUUUUUAUCAAAUGCCAACACCAGAUCCCUUGGUUCCUUCAAAACCAAUGGAAGAUAGGAUAGACAGUUUGUCUCAGUCUUUCCCACCUCAGUUCCAGGAAACUGUAGAACCUACAGUCUAUGUUGGUACAGCAGUAAAUUUGGAAGAAGAUGAAGCUAAUAUAGCCUGGAAGUAUUACAAGGUCCCAAAGAAAAAAGAUGUAGAGUUUUUACCACCUCAACUUCCAAGUGAUAAAUUCAAGGAUGAUCCAGUUGGACCUAUUGGACAGGAAAGUGUAACAUCUGUUACAGAGUUAAUGGUGCAAUGUAAGAAGCCUUUAAAAGUUUCUGAUGAAUUAAUACAGCAAUAUCAGGUUAAAAAUCAGUAUCUUUCAGCAAUAGCAUCUGAUGCAGAACAGGAACCUAAAAUUGAUCCAUAUGCGUUUGUUGACGGAGAUGAAGAAUUCCCUUUUCCUGAUAAAAAAGAUAGACAAAACAAUGAGAGAGAAACUGGAAAGAAACACAAGAUGGAAGAUGGGACAUCUGCUGUAACAGUGUUGUCACAUGAAGAAGAUGCUAUGUCAUUGUUUAGUCCAUCUGUCAAGCAAGAUGUUCCGCGCCCAACUGGUCAUGCUCGUCCUCCAUCAACCAGUUUGAUUUAUGACUCAGACCUUGCUGUCUCUUACACUGACCUUGAUAAUCUCUUCAAUUCUGAUGAAGAUGAACUAACACCUGGAUCUAAAAAAUCAGCAAAUGGAUCUGAUGAUAAGGCCAGCUGCAAGGAAUCAAAGACAGGAAAUCUGGACCCGUUAUCUUGCAUAAGCACUGCAGAUCUUCAUAAGAUGUAUCCUACACCACCAUCAUUGGAACAACAUAUUAUGGGAUUUUCCCCAAUGAAUAUGAAUAAUAAAGAGUAUGGAAGUAUGGAUAUAACACCUGGAGGAACUGUUCUAGAAGGAAAUACUUCUAGUGUAGGAGCACAGUUCAAAAUUGAAGUUGAUGAGGGAUUCUGUAGCCCAAAACCAUCUGAAGUUAAAGAUUUUUCUUAUGUCUAUAAGCCUGAAAAUUGUCAAGUUCUAGUGGGAUGUUCCAUGUUUGCACCGCUAAAAACUCUACCAAGCCAAUGUUUGCCACCUAUCAAAUUGCCAGAAGAGUGUAUUUAUCGUCAGAGUUGGACUGUUGGAAAGUUGGAAUUGCUUCCUUCAGGACCUACAAUGCCAUUCAUCAAAGAAGGUAGUGAUGGAAGUAACAUGGAUCAAGAGUACGGCCCUGCCUACACACCUCAAACCCAUACUUCUUUUGGAAUGCCUCCUAGUAGUGCACCUCCUAGUAACAGUGGAGCAGGAAUUCUUCCUUCACCAUCCACGCCUCGGUUUCCAACUCCAAGGACUCCAAGGACUCCUAGGACUCCUCGUGGAGCAGGUGGACCUGCCAGUGCUCAAGGUUCUGUUAAAUACGAAAAUUCAGACUUGUAUUCACCAGCUUCCACCCCAUCCACAUGCAGACCCCUCAAUUCUGUUGAACCUGCAACUGUUCCUUCUAUCCCUGAAGCACACAGUCUUUACGUAAACCUCAUCCUUUCAGAAUCAGUUAUGAAUUUGUUUAAAGACUGCAACUUUGAUAGUUGCUGCAUCUGUGUUUGCAACAUGAAUAUUAAGGGUGCCGAUGUUGGAGUUUACAUUCCAGAUCCAACGCAGGAAGCACAGUAUAGAUGUACCUGCGGCUUCAGUGCAGUCAUGAACAGAAAAUUUGGAAAUAAUUCAGGAUUAUUUCUUGAAGAUGAACUAGAUAUCAUAGGACGCAACACAGACUGUGGCAAAGAAGCAGAAAAACGUUUUGAAGCUCUCAGGGCUACUUCUUCUGAACAAGUUAAUGGAGGACUAAAGGAAUCUGAAAAGCUUCCUGAUGAAUUAAUAUUGUUGCUACAAGAUCAAUGCACUAAUUUAUUUUCACCCUUUGGAGUGGCAGACCAAGAUCCUUUUCCCAAAAUUGGUGUAAUUAGCAAUUGGGUACGUGUUGAAGAGCGGGACUGUUGCAAUGAUUGCUACCUUGCGUUGGAACAUGGGCGUCAGUUCAUGGAUAAUAUGUCAGGAGGAAAAGUUGAUGAAGCACUUGUGAAAAGUUCAUGCUUACAUCCAUGGUCCAAAAGAAAUGACGUGAGUAUGCAGUGCUCACAGGAUAUACUUCGAAUGCUCCUCUCACUUCAGCCAGUUCUUCAGGAUGCCAUUCAGAAAAAAAGAACAAUUAGACCUUGGGGGGUUCAAGGUCCUCUCACUUGGCAGCAGUUUCAUAAAAUGGCUGGCCGAGGUUCUUACGGAACUGAUGAAUCUCCAGAACCACUGCCAAUCCCCACGUUUUUGUUGGGUUAUGAUUAUGAUUUUCUGGUGCUUUCUCCAUUUGCUCUCCCUUAUUGGGAGAGACUUAUGCUGGAACCCUAUGGAUCUCAACGAGAUAUAGCCUAUGUUGUACUAUGUCCAGAGAAUGAAGCCUUGUUAAAUGGAGCUAAAAGCUUUUUUAGAGAUCUUACUGCAAUAUAUGAGUCCUGUCGAUUAGGUCAACAUAGACCUAUUUCACGACUGUUGGCAGAUGGGAUCAUGAGAGUUGGAUCUACUGCAUCAAAGAAGCUAUCAGAAAAGUUGGUAGCAGAAUGGUUUUCUCAGGCAGCUGAUGGUAACAACGAGGCAUUUUCUAAGCUCAAGCUUUAUGCACAAGUCUGCAGAUAUGACCUAGGUCCUUAUCUUGCUUCCCAGCCUUUGGACAGCUCUCUGCUUUCCCAGCCAAAUUUAGCUGCCCAUCCAAAUCAGUCUUUGAUUACUCCAUCUCAGAUGACAAGUACUGGAAAUGCUAAUACUUCAUCUGCUACCCUAGCACCCUCAGCCAGCAGCAGUAUAACAGUGACUUCAGGGGUUACACUACCUACUUCAAUUGCUACAGCUAAUUCAACUUUGACAACAACUUCAUCUUCAUCAUCCUCCAAUUUGAAUAGUGGAGUAUCAUCAAAUAAACUACCUUCAUUUCCACCCUUUGGCAGUAUGAACAGUAAUGCUACAGGAUCCAUAUCUACACAAGCAAGUACAGUUCAAAAUGGCCAGCUAGGAGGGCAACAGUCAUCAACUUUACAGACAGCUGGAAUUUCUGGAGAGUCAUCUUCACUCCCUACUCAGCCACAUCCUGAUGUAUCAGAAAGCUCAAUGGAUCGGGAUAAAGUGGGAAUCCCCACUGAUGGUGAUUCACAUGCUAUUACCUAUCCACCUGCAAUUGUUGUUUAUAUAAUCGAUCCUUUUACCUAUGAAAAUAAAGAUGAAAGCACUAAUUCUUCUAAUGUGUGGACUUUGGGGCUACUUCGAUGCUUCCUGGAAAUGGUCCAAACGCUUCCUCCACAUAUCAAGAGUACUGUUUCUGUCCAGAUUGUCCCUUGUCAAUACCUGUUGCAACCUGUGAAGCAUGAAGACAGGCAAAUCUAUACCCAGCAUUUAAAAUCUCUGGCUUUUUCGGCCUUUACCCAAUGUCGGAGACCACUUCCAACAUCAACCAAUGUGAAAACACUGACAGGCUUUGGUCCAGGGUUAGCCAUGGAAACUGCUCUUAAAAGUCCUGAUAGACCAGACUGUAUUCGACUUUAUACGCCUCCUUUCAUUCUGGCCCCAGUGAAGGACAAACAGACAGAGUUGGGUGAAACAUUUGGAGAGGCUGGACAAAAAUAUAAUGUUCUUUUCGUGGGCUACUGUUUAUCACAUGAUCAGAGAUGGAUUCUUGCAUCUUGUACAGAUCUGUAUGGAGAACUGUUAGAAACUUGUAUCAUUAACAUUGAUGUUCCAAAUAGGGCUCGUCGGAAAAAAGGUUCUGCCAGAAGGUUUGGUCUGCAGAAACUUUGGGAAUGGUGCUUAGGACUUGUGCAAAUGAGUUCAUUGCCAUGGAGAGUUGUAAUUGGUCGUCUAGGAAGGAUUGGUCAUGGAGAAUUGAAAGAUUGGAGCUGUUUGCUGAGUCGUCGAAAUUUGCAAUCUCUAAGUAAAAGACUCAAAGACAUGUGUAGAAUGUGUGGUAUAUCUGCUGCAGACUCUCCCAGCAUUCUCAGUGCUUGCUUGGUAGCAAUGGAACCCCAAGGCUCUUUUGUUAUUAUGCCAGAUUCUGUGUCAACUGGUUCUGUAUUUGGAAGAAGCACCACUCUUAACAUGCAGACAUCUCAGUUAAAUACACCACAGGAUACAUCAUGUACUCACAUACUUGUAUUUCCUACUUCUGCUUCUGUGCAAGUAGCAUCAGCUACUUACACCACUGAAAAUUUGGAUUUAGCUUUCAAUCCCAACAAUGAUGGGGCAGAUGCAAUGGGUAUCUUCGAUUUGUUGGACACAGCAGAUGAUCUGGAUCCUGAUAUCAUUAAUAUCCUUCCUGCAUCUCCUACUGGGUCUCCUGUGCAUUCUCCAGGAUCUCAUUACCCCCAUGGAGGUGACGCUGGCAAGGGUCAGGGUACUGAUCGGCUACUUUCAACAGAAUCUCAUGAUGAAGUAACUAAUAUUCUUCAGCAACCAUUGGCCCUUGGUUACUUCGUAUCAACUGCCAAAGCGGGUCCAUUACCUGACUGGUUCUGGUCAGCAUGUCCUCAAGCACAAUACCAGUGUCCCCUUUUUCUUAAGGCCUCUUUGCACCUCCACGUGCCUUCAGUGCAAUCUGAUGAGCUGCUUCACAGUAAACACUCCCACCCACUUGACUCAAAUCAGACUUCAGAUGUCCUCAGGUUUGUUUUGGAACAGUACAAUGCACUCUCCUGGCUAACCUGUGACCCUGCAAUCCAGGACAGACGCUCAUGUCUCCCAAUUCAUUUUGUGGUGCUGAAUCAAUUAUAUAACUUUAUCAUGAAUAUGCUGUGAUCUUCAUUUGAUAGAACUGUGCAAGAAAAGAACAAGGAAAAAGGAUAUUUCGCUGCAGGAUUAAGUUAAAUUUAUCUUCUCAGUGAGAGUCAUUUGUGAUGGGGUCUAAUUCUUAUUACUUCAACAAAUAUUGUUUUGACUUGGGGGGGCUAUAACCCUGCUAUUUUUCAUUGACUUUACUGAACUCUUUAGGAUGAUGACUGAUCAAUACAAAACGUAUUAUAACAUUUUUGUAGCAAAAUUAACCUUUUUUUUCCAGUCACAGUAUUUGUGAAGAGUAAUGAGCCAUAGUACCCAGUCAUGUAAAAUGAAUAUUAAAAGCAUGGAGAGGAAACAUGAGGAACAAUGAAUUUCAACAUAUGGCUUUAGAACAUCAAGAUGUUCUUGUAUUGGAUUAUAGUAUCUAGUAUUCAAAAAUGCCUGCAUCUCUUAUUUAUUGUAAGUUUUUAAAUGUAUAAAUUGUCUUAUAUUUCUUAACCUCUUUUAUAAAAAUUUUCCUAGAAGGUUUAUACUGCCUUCUUGCUUUAAAGCAAUUGGUCUAAAAUAUAUGUAAUCGUCUUAAUUAAAAAGUUGCAGUAGGGUUGCUUUUAGAGUAUUAUUUUUUUGUAAGGGGGUGGGUGGGACAGUAAAUUUGUAUUGUCUCAAUGUACAGUUUAAUGGGGAUAGAGGAGAAAUAAUGUCCAUACCAUUGUGUGUGGAGAAUUUACAGCUAAGCUGUAGUUGCAGAGUACAUGUACAGUAAUGAAGUUCACUGUGUUUAUAAAUGGAAAAGGUACCGGGUCUUACAGCAUUUUAUAUAUCACACCUUUACAGAGUAACAUGAUGGCAAUAUACAAGUGAUAUUGUUAGGUGGUUUAACUUAGAAUAAAAUGAGAAUUCUUCAGUUAUAUUUUGUACUAUGGUUUAGGGCUAUGACUAAUAUUUCAGGCCAUUUCCAGUGAAAGAAACUUAGUUUUACAAGAAAAACAUUUGCUACUGAAUGCUUAAACUAAUUUUGGUGUUUAAUGUUAAAUGCUUAAAGUUUUUUCAGUUUUAACAGUGGCACAUUUAGGCAUGGGGAUAUUAUUAAUUAUAUGAAAUUUAUCUUCAGGAUCUGCUACAAGGUUGAAAUUUAGCCCAGCUCUAGGCAUUUUACAAAUUAUUUUAAGAGCAAUCACUCUUGAUUGUUUGACUUUUUUAUUAUUAAAUUAAAGAUUGGGAAUGUGUGUGAGUGUAUGCAUAUGUUUGGGUGUGUGUGUGUGCAAUCAAACUGUGGUGUAAAUAGAUUCUCAGUGAAUUCUGGUAUUCAAACUCUAUUCCACUAGUGAAAGAAUCAGUUCUAAACUUAACCUGUUUCCCUUUUCCUUUUUUAUUUAUUAAAUUUUCUUGGUUUGGAGAUGGCAGUCCCAAACACCAGAGUCUGUGCUUUUCUUUAACACAGCUCAGAUUAAGAUAGGGCAGAUGCCAAGGAGGUUCUCACCUCCCUAAAGAAGGGAUUGAAUUGUAGGGACUUUAAUUCACCCCUUCCUUCAGUACAGCUUUUACCCCUUCUUAUUUGCACAUGCCAAGAUAACUGCUUUUAUGCAGACUUUCCCAGUAAUCCUUUCUACAGUGCUACUCACCAGAGAGCCCAAGUUAGCCUCCUAUCUGCAUUGCUGACUUGAAUUCACAGUCACCAAGUCUACCUAUCUUUCCUGGAAGCAGUCUAACAAAAUUCAUAUUUGUAUGUUAAUUAGUGAUCUACAAGGGGAUGAUCCAUUUAUUUACAAAACUAUUUUUAAUAGUGAAUAUCUUUUCCUCCAGAUGACAUUGCCAACAGUAACAAAUUGCAUACAAUAAUUAUGUAUUGACUCUAUAAUUUACAUUAGUAUUUUCCUCUGAAAAACACAAUACAAAGGCUAAGUAAAGAAUGAGGUACCACCAUUGGGAUUUUAAUUUGAUAUUUUAUUUUUUUUUUACUGGAACUUGUUUUGUAUGUAAAUAAUCUGCUUAGCAUAAAUAUCACUUUCUUAUGAACAAUAUUACUUCAUCAAAUUGUGUAAAUAAAAACAUUAGCAAGUGUUUUUUUCUAUGAAGAAAACACAGUUGAUGACAAGGGUUUCCAACAAUUUCUUUAAGACUAUAAUCAAUCUCUGUGGUCAAUAUAUUUUGAUACUAAAUCUGAAGAUUCCAUCUCUUCAUUUGUUUUUAAAUUAUUCUACGCACCACAAGUUAUAUAGUUUAUUUUAAAACAAAAACUUGUCUGAGAUUUGAGGGAAAGGAUGCUUAUUUGGAAUUUCUACAAAAUUAAUAUCAUUUUUAUAUAUGUUAUUAAAAAUUAAAACUAUGUUCUCAGUUGCUUAAAAUCACUAACAUAUGAUAACCACACCUCAGUUUGAAAAUAGAUUGUUAAAAAAAAAAAUGACUCCUUGAAAGUUCUUUUAUAUAGAGCCAUAAGGAGGGAACCCAGUGUACAAUUUAUUUUAUCUGAAAAUCAGGGAAUAGUUCCCAAAUAUACAGGAUUCGCUGAAAAGACUUUUUCCUUCCCUUACCAGUUCACACUCAAUUGAAAAUUAUUAAAUAGCCAUUAGAAAAGGUCAGCUGACUUGGGGAAAAAAAGAAAUGAAGCCUUUUGUACAAGAUGAUGGUUCUGAUUUCCUAAUGUACUGUCACAGACAGGUAUGGGUAAUCAUGUUUUAUUUAUAUAGAUAAGCAAAAUAUUAUUACUUUAUGCCAGUGGAUUACCAACAGCUUGACUUCUUCCUUACAGUGAUAAUGUCUGUACGUGUGUUUUGGUGUUUUGUUUUGUUUUGUUUUGGGUUGGGUGUAGUUAUCCAUUAUGAAGCAGGGUGGAAGUUCAAUAUCAUGGCAUUUAAAUAAGAUUAGCUAUAUAAUGUCUGCUUCCAGCAAGUGAGAAACAUCUAGCCAUACCUUUCUUCUGCAAGCCAUUCAGUUAUCAGGACUGUGAAUUAACACUGUAUGAAUAAUAAAUUUCUGUACACCCUAUUGUUUGGCCAGAAGGCCACCAAGUGUACUUAUAUGUAAUCCUUAAAUUUUAAAGUAGCUGUAAUUUUUAAAUAUUUCUAAACUUUUCUUAAACCACUAAAAUUGAGCUCUUAGUACUUAAUCAGCCAUCCUCAGCUGUAUUCGUACUCAAUUGUCAGUAUGGCAGAGAUUACUGUAUUAAAAUAUCUCCUUUCGUCUUCAUAUUUACCUUCUGAAGUAAUUUUUUAACUUAAUGUGUUACAACAAAGAUUUGCAGAUCUUUAAUCAAGCACUAUGUUAAUACUGUAAUAUCAAAAUACUAUGUUGCAUUAUUUAAAAUGUUCAAAUUGAAUAGAUUAAAAGGAAGUUUUUAAAUGCUGUCGCAUCAUAUAAUUUGCUACUUCUCCACUGUGGCAUUUCAUAUCAGUCUAUUAUUACAUUUAAUGUUGCAUGAGUGGUAUUUUGGCCUGGGUUUCCUGUUAAGAUUUUAGUUGUCUAAAUUAUGGCAAAACCUUUUUAACAUACGUGUUUAUUUCCCUCCCCACCAAAUCAGCUGGAAAUCACAUUUUGGUUUCUCUUAAUGUUUUAAUGGGCCCAGAAUUGUGGUUUAAAUUUUUAUAUGUGGUUUGGUUUUUUUUUUUUUUUUUUCGGAGUAGGAAUUCAAAAACUGGAUUUGGGACCUAAAAUACUCCUCAGGUUGAUGUAUUCAUGGAGUUUUAAGAUAGAAACUGGAUUCGUGGACCUUAAAGUUGCUGAAUUUAAAGUACAAUUUGUAAUGUCAUUACUGGACAUAUCAGCAUCAAUCCUCUCAAUAGCUUGGUCACUUUAUGAAGGGGCGUUUUAAAGUUGUUGUUGAGUAGUAACAUUUAAUAUGGUCCAAUUGCUUUUCUUUUUAACGUGACAAAGAAUAAGGAACAAACACUAUUGCUGCCGAAUGCCAUAACACUGAGUUGUACAAAUUGUGAUUGAGGAAAAUGAAAAAGUUUAUACUUUUUAAAAAAAACAACAAAAGCAACAAAAAAAAAAAAAGAAAGAAACUUCAAAUGGAAUAAAUUAUUCAUGAAGCCUUCAUUGUGGUGUCUUAUUCUGUUGAAAACACUUCCAUCUCAAAUUUGCAAAAACUUAUAGCAGUGUUACUGUGCCAAAAGCAACCCAGAAAUACUUAAUGCACUUUUAAUUUAUCUGAGGGUUUUGUUUUUAAAAAAUAAUUUUAAUUGUCAGUGUACAAUGUGUAGGAUAGUUACGUAUGUAUAUAUAUUCUAAUUUCUUUUAGGUUGGUCAGUUUGGUAAUAAUUUUCUAGUCCUAAUAAGCUACCAUUAAAUAAAGCUUAGCUUUACCCUAUUUUUAUUUGAUGCAUAAAUACAUUUUAAGCCCAAGAAAAAUAUUUAAAUAUGAUUAAUCAUCAAAAAUAACUCUGCUAUAAUAUUCUCAAAGCAGCCAUCUAAAAUAUUUUUGUUCAGACUUGGGCUGAGGAAGAACAUACUCCAAAAUUAUUGUGGUUAUUUUGAAAUGGAUUCUGUCAGCACAUUGUGUUUGAAGAAAGCUGUACGUUGCUGAAUUGCCUCUUAAACUAUGUUCUGUCUCGUGGUUGAUAUUACCUCUGAUUUAUUUCCACUUUCUUUACUAUAGUCUGUGUAUGACUAAAAAUUAACUAUGCAAAUGAAACUUUUUAUAAAAGGAGUUAAUUACUUUUUGCACAACUGCACACAAUCUUUCUUUUCUAUUUGUAGUUUUCAAUAUUGAAAACUAUCUGAAAAUCUUAUUGAGUGGUUACUGAAGGAAAUGAAUUUUUUUCUUUCAUAGUUUAAAUCACAUACUUGUUUGUACUAUGUAUAAGGUAUUUAUACUUGUUACGAAUCCAAGCUGCUUAGUUAGACAGACAUGUCCCCUACCUUAAGAAAAAAGUUUUUACAUUGUAAUCAGUGUGCUCUACCUUUGCAAAAUCUAAGACUUUGAAAGCCUACAAUGUUAGUUCAUCCCUUCCAUAAGAAUGUUCUUGCAAAUUAUUUGCCAGAGUUCUCCAUGUGAAUUUUUUUAAAGUCAAGAGCUACACACUUGAAGGUAAAAGUAUAUGAAAUUUUGGUGAGCACUUUGAAAUGUUCUAGAAGUAAAUAAUAAAUUACUUAUGGAAAUUAUCUUGGCCUCUUGAUAUUAAUAUAUUUAUGUGCGUAAAUGUAUGUAUUUACUCAUACCACUAGCUGAUUGCUCUGUGUAUAAAUAUAUUUAUGGAAUUUUAGAAUCCAAAUUGCAACAUGUUUUGAUAGUUUUUUUCUGUUUAGCUAUUGGAAUAUGCCUGAGACAGAAUGAUUAAAGUAAGAAUUAUUCAGAAAUACUCAGCAUAUAAUGAUCAUUAUAGAUUUCUGAGAGAUGGAGAAGUAGAGAAAUGACUCAGGAUAAUGUUAGAAAUACAGUUUGAACUCCAUUCAAACCAUUUUGGUAAAGUAACCUUUGAAAUAGUACUAGGAAGUCUGGAGGUUUAGUGGCAACCAUAAUCACAUAAGUGCAUGAAUUGGAAAUGUCUAGGCUUUGCCUACCAUGGUGUUUAGAAGUUCUACUCUGGUAACAACUAACCCAGGUAAGUCAGGGUUCCUCGUACAUAUCUCCCCACCUCUCAAGAACUUUAAAGUGGAGUUGUUUGACCAGGACACACAAAAGCAAAGAAGAAAGAGAAACAUAGUUUUGGUUUCUGGUGUAAGGUAAAUUUAUCAAUCUUGAAUGUAUUUUUUCAUUAUCUAACUUUUAACAUUUUCCUGUGCUUACUGUAGGAGUGUUAUCAAUGCUGGACUAAAAAUUAACUCUAUUUGCAAAGUCCUGCUUGAGACAGUUGUAAGUUGAUCUUUUUCUUAGCUUUCUUUUCCCCAAAGUCAUCCAACAGAACUGUGUCAAACAUGACCUAUUGUGAGAUUCAAAAGUUAAUGCUUAUUCUGUAGCAUUUUUACCAAAGGAAAAAAAAUACUACUGAAUGCAAAAUUUAGUUAGCCCCUGUACCACACAGUGUCUUCCAGUCUUGAAUUCAGAAUGUCUGAGUUUAAGAUUUGGUUCUGUCCUCUUUUUUUGUUCCGAGCAAGUUUGUAUAUAUCAUUAAAAGUAACAUUUCUCCCCCAUAGAAUCCACUUUGUGCUUAAAAUAUUCUGUGUUGCUAUAUAUGGUACUAUACAUUGUUUAAAGUGUACAAACCAUAAGCUUUGUAAGCAGUUAUCAGUGAUUACCGAUCUUCUGUAUUGACUAUUAAAUAUGUUCAUCUAGUGGCAGGCAUCUGGUCUAAAAUUGAAAUGCCCAUUAAGUCAUUGUGUGUUGUUUAAGUACUAAGACUUAGUGCAUCAACCCACUGCUUGAGAUGCCUGCAUUUGUACUGGAGUGCCAGGGGUUGAAUCCGCCUCAGGUUCUGAUCUAGCUUUCUGCAACUCUAGGAAGGAACCAGAUCGUGGCUCAAGUGCUUGAAUUGUUGCCACAUAGAUGGAAGAUCAAGAUGGAGUUCCUGCCUUGUGGAUUCUGUCUUGCUACACACUGGCUGUUGUAGGCAUUUGGGCGCAAAUUUGAAAGACUGAGCAGCAGAGAAAGGUCUCAGUCUUCCCUCUGCUUGUUAAUUCCUUCACUAGCCACAAUAGCCAUAGAUGGACAAGGUCGAAGCCAGGAAUCUGCAGUGCCAAUUCACAUCUACCAUGUGGGUGCAAGGGUACCAGUUACUUGGGCUGUCUGCUACUUUUGAAGCAGAGCAGCUGGGAUUCAAACUGGCAAUCUGACAUAGCAUUCAGUGACUUAACCUGAUAUACCAAAACUAGCUCUCAACUCAAGAGUCAAGAGUUUCUUUUGAGUCUCCCACGUUGGACUAGUGGCCAAAGAGACUUGAACCAUUCUCCACUGCUUUCCCAGGCUAUAAGCAAGGAGCAGGAUCAGAAGUGGAGCAACCAGACAUCAACCAGUGUCCAUAUGGGAUGCCCAUGCCACAGGUGGAAGAGCAGCUUGCAAUGCCACCCUGGCUGCCUACCUCAAAGGCAUUUGUUGUACCCAUAUUUGUAUACAUGGGUUUAAUACCCAGUACUGGUUCCUCCAGCUUUAGGAUGAUGAAUACCAUGGGAAGGCUAAAGUAAUUCACUUUCUGCCAA